AUGAACGCAUCCAACUUCACCGUCGCCAUCAAGCCUCUUUCUGCAGAGUUUCAUCGAACCCCCACCGAAGCGGGAUACCUCGUUUGCUUCAAUGUGCUUUGGCUGGGAGUCGGAAACAUUAUUUGGGUUCCCUUGAUGCGUGUUAUUGGAAAGCGCCCGGUAUAUCUUGUAUCGCUUCUGCUCCUGAUGGGUUGUAAUAUUUGGUCUUUCGAGACGCAUUCCUACGGAAGCCUUCUUGCAGCUCGAAUCAUUUCUGGCUUCGCAGCUUCGGCAUCCGACGCAACAGUCCCUUCGCUUGUCACAGACCUGUUCUUCAUCCAUGAGCGCGGCCAUUGUAUGAUGAUAUUUCAUAUGGCGCUGAGUUCAGGUUUCUUCCUCGGUCCGCUUAUCUGCUCCUGGGUGACGCAGGAUAUCGACUGGCGGUGGACUUGCGGUAUUCUUAGCAUCGCAGCGGGACUGACCUUCAUCGUUGGUGUUUUCACGAUUCGCGAGUCACAAUAUCCUCGUGACAAGGUGGAUUUUAGUCUUCCGAUUGAAUCAUAUAAGGUCAAGAGAGGCCUCUUAUCUCAGCUGAGUCUCACUCGUGGCUAUGACUCGAACGCUUCUUUUGUCGGUACAUUUCUACGAAUCCUCACCUUGGUAGCCUAUCCACCUGUUUUAUGGACAGGACUAACAGUUGGUGCUUUCGUUGGCUGGAACCUGGUUGUUCAACUGACGGCAUCUUCAACCUUCACAAAACCGCCAUACAAUUGGCAUAUUGGCAUGGUUGGUAUGCUGGGAGUGUCUGGAUUCAUUGGUGCCGUGUUUGCGUUCUUCAUAGGAGGCAAACUCAUUGACAUCAUUGCAAUUCGAAUGACAAAACGUAACCGAGGUCGACAUGAACCAGAAUACCGACUGCCAGCGAUCAUUGUCCCAGCCGUAAUUGGCCCCAUGGGUGUUCUUACAUUCGGUCUCUGUAUAGCACACCACACCAACUGGGUUGGUUCCGCAUUUGGCUAUGCAAUGGAGGGCUUUGGCCUCACCGCUGUGUCCAAUGUGGCUGUGACAUAUGCUGUGGAUUGCUACCCAGAGGUUAGUGAUAAUAAGGCAACUCAAUCUACAUCUUUUGGCUGA